CUCUCGGCUCGAAGCAAUCAACCCCAGAGUCGACCGAGCGUUCAGCCGCUGCCGGCCUCUGGACCAGCAGCGACGACUCAAAAAGCAAUCAUCGCCAAGCAUGUCCGACGAGCCGCCUGGCACCGCCAAAGAGAUCCGGCAGGAGCUGCUCCGGAUGGACGUUGCACUCCCGUCCAGCAAGGCGACCCGCUCAGAGCUCGAGGCGCUCUGGCGGCAGCACCGACCGGCACGCCCCAACGUUUCCGGCUCUGCGUCGGCACCAGCGGCCAAGAGCGGUCCGCAGCGCAAGGCGUGCGGGGCGGCGACCGGCCUCGCCAUCGCCGCGCUCGCCGCCGGCUGGGGGUACCUCUCGCGCCUCUCUCCAGUCUCCGGCACCACGCCCUUGCUGCACCUCGGCAUCCCGCGCGGCUUCGACGAGGCGAGCCUGCCCGACCUCUCUAGCAAGGUGGUGCUGAUCACCGGCGCCAACGUCGGGCUCGGCCGCGGCACCGCCCGCGUGCUCGCCCGCGCCAACGCGCAGCUCAUCGUGAGUGCGCGCAGCGAGGCAAAGUGCGCCGGCGCGGUGGCGGGCAUCAAGGCCGCCGCCGGUCCGAGGGCCAGCGUCGACUGCCUCCCGCUCGAGCUCUCGUCGCUCGCGUCGGUGAAGCGCUUCUGCGAGGCGGUGCGGCCCAAGCUGCAGGCGCUCGGAGGCCUCCACGCGCUCGUCCUCAACGCGGGCGUCAUGUUCCCCCCGCACAUGCUCACGGAGGAGGGGAUCGAGUGGCAGUUCGGCGUCAACCACGUGGCACACUUUCUGAUUGCGCGCGAGCUGCAGGGGCUGCUCGUCGCCUCGGCGCCCUCCUCGUGCGUCGCUGUCUCCUCGCUCGCGCACGAGUGGCCCAAGCCGGCCGGCGGCGUCCUGCUCGAGCUGGACGCGAUCAACGACGCGGCGAUGUACAGCCCUCAGGCGUGGUACGCGCAGAGCAAGCUCGCCAACCUGCUCUUCUCGCAGGAGCUGGACGCGAGAUUGCACGCCAAGGGCGUCUCCGCCAACGCCGUCAACCCUGGGGCCGUGCAGGGCGAGCUGCUGCGCUGGUCCAAGGCCGCCGCCUCUUCGCGCGCCGCGCCGCUCUCGCCGCUCUUCGACGCGGUCGAGCGGGCGCUUCUCGCGUUCUACUGGCCGGAAGAGGUCGGCGGCCUCUCCGUGGCGUACGCGGCGCUCGCCGGGCCGAUGCUCGGCCACGCCGGCGCGCACGGAAAGUACUUUGUUCCAGUGGCCCGCGAGUGGCCCGCCUCCACGCUCGACGGCCACGCGCGGAACGUCACGCUCCAGCGCGGCCUGUGGUCCUUCACCGAGGAGCUCCUCGCGUCCAAGGGCUUCGGCGUGGACUGACGAGGAGAGACGGCGCUAGCCGCGAAAAAGCGCGGAUCUCUCCGGUUUGGGGCCUAAGCCCCCCAGAUGCGGACCGCUGCUUGCGUGCGGACGACUCCGGCGGAAUCCGCACGAGACUCGAGAGAACCGCAGGUCGGCUAAUCUAAAACGAAGGCACAAA